GGCUCAGCAGUCGGCUGAUGAUGUCGAUCAGGACGAUGGCAGAGCUAAAGUGUGUCGUGUUUUGGGGAAUUGUAACGUUAUUCUGGACCCUCUGCAGAGGAGAAACUGAGGUGUCCUGUGUUUUCAAUGAGACCUGCGUCUUACCGUGCAGCUUCCAGUCCACCAGUAACCCAACCAUCCACUGGACUCAUUUGACAGCAGAAGAAUCAUUGGUUCAUUCUUACUAUGACCAUAAAGACCAAGUUGAACAUCAGAACCAAAACUUCAGAGGCAGAACGUUUCUGAUUGGGAACCAGGUCUCCUCUGGAAACGCCUCUCUGCUGCUGACAGGUGUGAAGAUUCAGGAUGAGGGCAGAUACAAGUGCAACAUCAGCAGCCCAGGAGGAACCAAGCUGUUUUUCAUCAAUGUAACGGUGGACGCUCCAGUGAAAACAGUCCACCUCCAGCAAACAGAAAACAGGAUCACCUGCAGCGCAGAUGGGAUCUACCCUGAACCCCAACUGACCUGGUCCACCAUCCCUCCGACCAACAUGCUGCUCAGGAGCUCGACAACGGUCCGCCUGACCGAACAGCAGCUUCACAACAUCAGCAGCCUUCUGAUAGUUCCUGACAACACGAAUCUGACCUACAGCUGCACCAUCAGGACUCGGUGGAACAAUAAGACGGCCAGUCUGGGGAAACAGGAGAAGACAAAUACAGGUAGAGGGAUUGCAAUAGUUGCUGUAGUCAUUUUGGUGACGGUAUCAAUGAGCCUGGUGCCAUGUUUUGCCGAAAAAUUAAAAAAGCUCUGGGAAUCCAAAUGCUCUAAUAAAAAGAAGAUCUUGAAAACAGAAGAACUGGAGUGUGAAACAAGCAUCAUUCAGGCGACUGAACUGAAUGCAGUAACCAGUAUGGAAAAAGGCUCCUCGUCUCCCGGCACAGAGAAACCAAAUAAGUGUGAAUUCUACAUAAGUAGAGAUGAAGACGAGCUGGCCUCCUCCCUGGGAACUUAGGGUUGAAGGAGAUUUUAGGCUUUUGAUAGCAGCUUUAGGGAAACGUCAAGAGCUUUGGUUGAUUUGGUUCAGAGCUCAGCAUGGAUGCAUCAGCUGGAUUAAGUCUGAUUGAUCCAUGUCUACAAAAACCUCCUCGCCAUGACAGAGGAAAGAGAAAACUUUAAUCAAUGAGUCAAACAGACACUGAUCCUGCAAGGUUACAGCACCUCAUUUCUCUGCUCCAACACGCCUGAUUCUAGUGAGUCAGCAUUAACAUUCAAGGAGAAGAAUCCUCCUUCUAAGUGUGAUCCACCUGCUGUAAUAUAAAAGCCCUGCAGUGGACGGUGAGGGGAUCUGAAACGGUGCUUUGAGGAUUCCUGACUUCUGUCCAGGAGAGAGAUACUGCAGGAGAACGGUGGUGAACGUUGAGAAUAAACUUCUCGAACCCUCUAAAACAUUUUGACGUGCUGUCUUCUGACAAACACUAUCAGAACCAGAAAAGUUUUCUACUUCAGACUGGUGUUAAUAUUAGGUCUGUUAUAUUA